AGAAGAAAACACGUUAAACUUGACGUGGACUAAAGUAUCUGGAUCAUACAUUUUAGCUAAAUAUUAAUAUAGAAUUUACAUGCUGUAUCUUCUUAAGUGAGAAAAGAAUAGCUCUAAUAAAACUUAUAAAUGUUUACUUCUUGAAACAACAUGCUGAAGAAUCCUAAAAUGUAUGCUGCGUUGUGCGUGGUAUUGUUACCAUUACUUUUAAGUCAAAAAACCGAUGCGGCUGCGGUAAUAUCAAUAGAUUUGGGGUCAGAAUGGAUGAAGAUUGGUAUCGUGUCACCGGGCGUUCCGAUGGAAAUAGUUUUGAAUAAAGAAUCCAAGAGAAAGACUCCGGCAGUAGUAGCAUUCAGGGAUGAUGUGCGGACUUUUGGGGAGGACGCCGUGACCGUUGGAGUACGAUUCCCCAAAAAUUCUUACAAGUAUUUAUUGGAUCUGCUUGGGAAGACGUAUGACCAUCCCUUUGUGCAAGCUUACAAGGAACGUUACCCAUAUUACAAUAUAGUUGCCACAGAUCGUGGUACACCAGAGUUUAUUCACGAUGAAAAUACAAGGUUCACACCAGAAGAACUCAUAGCACAACUCCUGGCCAAAGCUAAGGAGUUUGCUGAAAUUAGUCAUGGCCAACAAAUAAGUGAAUGUGUGAUCACGGUUCCUGGUUACUUCAAUCAGGUAGAACGCCGCGCGUUACUGGAGGCCGCAUCUCUGGCUGGGCUCAAUGUACUCCAACUGAUAAAUGAUUAUACCGCCAUAGCUAUUAAUUAUGGAAUAUUCAGGAGAAAGGAAAUUAAUGAAACUGCCUGGCAUACACUAUUCUUUGACAUGGGCGCUGCUUCCACUAAAGCGGCCUUAGUUGAGUAUAAAACCGUGAAGACAAAGGAGAAGGGAUAUGUAGAGACUGUGCCACAGCUGCAGGUCUUGGGCGUGGGCUUUGAUCGGACUUUAGGAGGUCACGAAAUAACGUUGCGUCUCCGAGAGCAUCUCAUUAAGGCUUGGGAGGCUAAUGGUGGCGGUGACGUCAGAUCUUCUCCACGUGCCAUGGAGAAACUUCUCAGGGAAGCUGAAAGGCUUAAGAUCGUUCUGUCCGCAAAUACAGAGCAUUAUGCACAGAUUGAAAGUCUGUUGGAUGAUAAGGAUUUCAAACACUUGGUGAGCCGCAGCGAGCUGGAGGAGCUGUGUGCAGACUUGUGGGCGCGAGUGGCGAGCGUGGUGCAGCGCGCCGUGUCGGCCGGCGGCGGCGCGGGGGCGGGCGCGCGCCUCGUGCUGGCCGGCGGCGCCGCGCGCGCGCCCGCCGCCCGCGCCGCGCUGCUCGCCGCCGUCGGCCACGAGCCGGCGCGGUCCAUCAACGCGGACGAGGCGGCCACCAUGGGCGCGGUGUACAGGGCAGCAGCGUUGGCUACAGGUUACAAGGUGGCACCAUUACUAGUACGUGAUGCAGUAAUACUCCCGGUACAAGUUGUGUUUAACAGGAGCGUCGAUGGAAACGAGAAACUGAUCAAGCGAACUCUCUUUGGCCCCAUGAAUCCUUACCCGCAAAAGAAGGUAAUUACUUUUAAUAAACAUACAAAUGACUUCAGCUUCAAUGUAAAUUAUGCUGAAUUAGACUACAUACCAUCAACUGAACUACCUUACAUUGGCUCACUGAAUUUAAGUCAAGUAGUAUUAACUGGCGUUGGUGCGGCCCUAUCGAAACACAUUGGUGAAAAUGUUGAACAUAAAGGUAUUAAAGCACAUUUUAAUAUGGAUGACUCUGGUAUACUGAAUUUGGUAAAUGUUGAAUUUGUUGCUGAAAAAACUGUCACGGAAGAAGAAGAUAAAGAUAGUACUCUGUCUAAGAUAGGAAGCACGAUUAGUAAGCUGUUCAGUUCUGACUCAGAAACGCCCGAAAAGCUAGAAAAGGCUGAAGAAAGACCCGAGGAAUUACCUCAAGAAGGAGAAAAGAAUGAAACGGCAAAAGCUAAUGAAACAACUACUGAGAAACAAAACGCGACUGAAGCAGAAAAACCGAAACCUAAAAUAGUUGUGUUGAAAGAACCCAUACAAGCUGAAGAACAGAUUUUGAAUUUGCAGCCUUUGUCACCAGAACAGUUAAAGACUUCUAAAUCGAAAAUCAAUGAGUUGAACACAAUAGACAGGAAGAGGACAGAGAGAGAAUCUGCACUUAAUAAUUUGGAGGCAUUUGUGGUGGAUGCUCAAAUGAAAAUGGAUAUGGAGGAGUAUUCUGAGUGUGGUUCUCAAGAAGAAAUCGAGGAAAUAAGAAAAUUAUGUAGUGAAGUCUCUGAGUGGUUAUAUGAUGAUGGUUAUGAUGCACCUACGGAACAGUUUGAAGAAAAAUUAGCGUUACUUAAGGACAAGACUAAUUCUAUAUUCUACAAACACUGGGAACACAGGGAAAGGCCUGAUGCUGUAGCUGCUAUAAGAACAAUGUUGAAUAAUUCUCAAGAAUUCCUUACAAUGGCCAAAAAUUUCACUAAAGAUGUUAAUUCUGAAAAAGAUAUAUUUACUGAUGUUGAAAUUGAAGUAUUACAAAGUAAAAUUGUAGAGACAGAAACAUGGCUUAACAAAUCUAUUGCUGAGCAAGACGCCAUAAAGAGAAACGAAGAUAUUAAACUGACUGUCGAAAGCAUUAGAGAGAAGAUGAAGAAUUUGGAUAGAGAAGUAAAGUAUCUUAUCAAUAAGAUGAAAAUAUGGCGUCCUAAAAAGCCAGCCAAAAAGGACUCUGAUAAUAAAACUGAAACAGUUGUAGAGUCAGAUGAAAAGACGUCUGAAAAAGCGGAAACCCAAGAGGAAUCGCCGGAGAAUGCUCCGGAAUCAGAGCAAGUGGUAGAAAAUGAGAAAAGUGUCGACGAGGAGACAACGGAGACGCCGCAGUUAUCUGACGGCAAUGAUGAACAUUCCGAAUUAUAAUAGUUGUGAGCGUACUAGUGAGUUGAUUUAAUUUAUUAGUCUAAUUUAUUUUUUACUUUAAAACAAUUGAUUGUUCGUCUUUUUGCGCUAACAGUGACAACGGCCCAUAUAGUUUACGUUCUAAACAAGAAACUUAUUGAAACUGAAAUUAGACUUAUUAUUUGUUUGAUUCGGGUAUUAUUAUUGUGACAUAUAAAGGAAUAUCACUAUUAGUUGAAUAUAAUAUGACAAACAUAAAAGUAGACAUAGUACAAGUAAUGGCCAAAUUAAACAAAUUAAUAUUGACUUUGUAUUUAAAGUAUCAUAUUGGGACACUUCAUACUGUGAUAGGGUAUCAUUAUUUAAAAAACUACAAACUGAAUGACCAUUUUAUAUAUAGACUAUCUGCAUUUAAUGUUUGUCUUAGGCUACAGAUUACUGCCAAAUUGAAUUUGAAAUAUUUCGG